AUGGCGAUGGUGCUCCCCUCCCCCGCGUCCAGAUCCGCCGCCGCCUCUUGCUGCUCCUCGGCGUCGUCCAGCGGCCCCUUCGUGGUGGCGCGCCGGUCCUGCUUCCUGGCGGGUUCCGGCGCCGACGGCGGCCGCGGCGGGAGGUUCUGCUACGAGUCAUCUCCGUCGUCUCUCGGCUGCUCGUCGCGCGCCGCGUCGCCGCCGGAGUACACGCCCUCGAGCCCAUCGGGGUCCCCGGAGUACACGCCUCUGACGCCGUCGCGGCGACCCGCGUCUCCAGAUUACACGCCCGGCUCCCCGGAGUACACGCCUGCCACGCCAGAGUACACGCCCCUGAGCCCCUCACGGCGUUCUGCUUCGCCGGACUACACGCCUGAGAGCCCUCCCCGGUGCCGCCGCCGCGCCGCCACGCCGGAGUACACGCCUGGCACCCCAGAGUACACGCCCCUGAGUCCUUCGCCGCGUCCUUCUUCGCUGGACUACACGCCCGCCACGCCGGACUACACCCCCAGCACGCCGCCUCCGUCUCCGGCGGUGUCGGACGCCGAGUUCCGCACGUCUCCAGCGCGCCGCCGCCAUCACCCGUACCAGAGGAUCCAGACCAGCUGCGGCCAGCGCGCCGCCACGCCGGAGUACACCCCCAGCACGCCGCCUCCGUCUCCGGCGGUGUCCGACGCCGAGUCGCGCGCGCCGCCGCCGCCUCCCGUACCAGAGGAGCCAGACCAGCUGCGGCCGGCGUCACCGCAGAUGAAGCUGUUAACUUUCUGUGUAUGA